AUAUUUUUUUUAAUAAUUUGUACUUCAAAUACAGUAAGUAUUUUACAGAGUUAAGAAUAGCAAAAGGAUAGUAAAUGGCGAAACAAGUAGCAGAGGUCGAAAUUCACGCGGCAGACUCACAGGAGCAUGAUGAUGAUGAUAUAGAUAUCAGUGUUGAUCUCAUUGAUGAUGGAUUAUAUUUGGGUAACCUGGCAUGUGCUAGAGAUCAAAAGGCUCUGGAAUCAUUAAAAAUAACUCACAUCUUGACUAUAGAUCUGGUUCCACUGCCCAGAAGCACUCUGGCAAGACCCAACCUCACAUUCAAGUUUAUCAAACUGGCUGAUGUCCCUAAAGAAGAUCUAAUAAGUCAUUUACCAGAAAGUAUAGAUUUCAUCAAACAGGCCAUAGAGAGUGGAGGCACUGUGCUGGUACAUUGCUACUUUGGAGUAUCCAGGUCAGCUGCUGUGGUGAUAGGAUAUAUGAUGCAGAAGUAUGGUUUGUGCUACGAAGAUGCAUUUACACUGGUCAAAAGUAAGAGGAGAUUUGUGGGCCCGAACAUUGGGUUUGUGGCGCAACUGAGACUGUUUGGUCACAUGCAGUAUACAGUUAACAGAGAUGACCCCAGGUUCAAACAAUUUAGACUGAAAAUGGCUGGCCAGAAACUUAAACAAGUAAAAAUCCUACCUCAACUCUUUGCUGACUUAGUUAAGCCUGAUCCUGGACUAAUCAGGGAGCGGCCAGAUCCAAUAGUGUACAGGUGUAAGAAGUGUCGACGGAUAGUGGCCAACCAGAGUAACAUAAUACCACACAUACCUAAACAGGUCAAGAUCGAGUUGGCCAAGAAGGGCAUUAGACCUCCACCUAGUAAGUUGACCGGUCUGACUUGUGCGGAGAACGGACAGCUACUGAUUGAGAAGUUGAAGAGUUUGGCCUGCCAGAUAAUGGAUGGCGAAGAGAAGGUUAUUGAGGAUGCCAAUGGUGUUCAGGAGGAAGGUUCUAGUCAGUUCCCAGACGGCUACACGGAGACGCACAUGGUGGACGAGAGCGUGUCGCGCGACGCGAGCGCCGCCUGCCGCCUCAUGUGGUUCGUGGAGCCGAUGGCGUGGAUGCGCGGAGUCACGUCGCAGCCCGGCGGCAAGCUGCACUGCCCGCAGUGCGACCACAAGAUCGGGAGUUUCAGCUGGGUUAUGGGUUGCAACUGUCCGUGCGGUCAGAAGGUGGCGCCGGCGUUCUACCUGGUGCCGUCCAAGGUGGAGUGGUCCAACAUCGUGCAGAAUGUGCAGAUUACUGUUUAACUUUGUUCGGAACUUAUUUCGUAUUUUGUUAUAUCAGUCAGUGGCUAUAAAGUUCUAUCGCUUAUUUAUUAACUGUAGUCUGGUCGCGGGACAGAAAGAAGUCGAUUGACCUAUCUUGUCAAUUGACAAAUUAUCUCUUUCAUUGACAGUUCGUAUUCACGCACACGUUAUCAAGUCGGAAACAAUGACAAAGUCAACACACUGAGUCAACAGCAAACAUAUUUUGCGUGCGCGCGUGAAGGAGGCAAGUAUAGGUCAAUCGCCGAAUUUCUUUCUAUCCGGCGACCCGACUCAAAUACAGCGGGGCUAAAAUGGUCACAUUUAGCAAUUC